AUGGCGGCUACGCAGGAGCAGCUCCUGGCAAAAUUCCUCGAGCCUAUCCAUAUUGACCUCCGAACAUGCCAUGCCCUGACCGCUGGCUUCUAUGAUUGCUUCAAGGCGCUGGCGGCCAACCCCACCGAUCAGUUCCUCCCCACGCCUAUAUCUGAUGCCAUCCUGCGGCCCAUCGCCGACACUGCCUGCGGAAGAAAUCUAGCCAUUGAUAUUGGCGGAACAAAUCUCCGAGUUGGUUUCAUCGAGCUUCUCGGAAAGCAGUCAGGCGCCGCCAGCACCAAUGGCACCAAUGGCACCAAUGGCGUCAACGGAACUCAUGGAGUUGCUCAUCUGAAUGGCACUUUGCAAGCCCCGCCAGCUCGCAUCAGACGCCUCUUUGAAAAGUCAUGGCCGAUUGAUAACCAACUCAAAGAUGACAACGCCGAGGCCCUCUUUUGCUGGAUCGGCAAGCAUAUUGCCCAAGUUGUUGGCGAUGCGUACGACGAGCUUGGUCUAUCCAACAGUGAGCCGCUUCCUAUGGGUGUGACUUUUAGCUUUCCCUCCCAACAACAUUCACUUGCUGAAGCCACUGUAACAUCGAUGGGGAAGGGAUUCACCAUUGCCCCAAAUACCGAUCUUGGGGCCAGCCUCGAGAAGGGAUACGCUGAAUCCAAGCCGGCUCACCUACCCGAUAUCAAAGUGACGGCAAUCUCAAACGACUCGGUGUCCACCCUUGUCUCGUUCAUUUACAACUUUGGCGGGACCGUACAACAGCGCGCCAGUAUGGGCCUAAUUCUAGGAACUGGCUCUAAUGCGACGGUACCACUCAGACUUAGUCUGCUGCACCAAAGCAAGUGGCCCCGAAAUAUUAACGUCCUAGAUGGCGAAAGCCUCAGCGACGUGAAGAUCGCUGUCAACACGGAGUGGAGCAUCAACGGUACGGCGCCCCCGAUGCGUAAACUAGGUCUCGUCACGCCCUGGGAUGACCAGCUCUCCGCUCAGACGGAAAGACCUGGCUUCCAGCCUUUAGAGUACAUGUCAGCUGGGAGAUACUUGGGUGAGCUCGGACGCAUAAUGCUGGUAGAUUACAUGGUCAACACCUUGGGUAUGGCGCGAGACACGUUGCCUUCGGCUUUGGUGGAACGCCAUGGCCUUUCAACGACGUUCCUGAGCCACUUCAAGCCUCUAGAACACGGCAAGCUUCUAGCCAGCUUGCGCGCCGAGCUGCCUGAAUCAACGGGCAAGGACGGUUUCGUCUGGACGGAACACCUUGCCGAGGCACUGUACAGGAUUGCCAAGGCGAUCGAGGUUCGCGCUGCUGGUGUCAUUGCAGCGGGUACCGUGGCCCUGUUGACGCUCUCUGAGGAGCUACCUGCCAAAGUGACAGAGGCGGUGCCAACGGCGAAGGAGCUAGGCGUCGGAUAUACGGGCGGUUGCAUAGUGCACUUUCAGGAUUAUCUGGAGGACUGUCAGCGCUUUAUUGACCAGCUUAUAAAAGAGCGAUUCGGUGUGGCUGGCACCUACCGAGUCGUGCUCAGCCCGUGUCACGACGGCGGCAUUACGGGCGCCGGUAUCUUGGUAUCCGCGGCAUCGGUCAGUACAAAGACUGAAGCGGCGUAG